GAAAAAUAUCAAAGGAGAAAAAUGGAGAAGGGAUCAGAUUUCUUGAGGAGUACUGAUCAUGGAAGAGAAGAAAGCCAUGAGGAGAUGAGAAAAACUGAUUCGUUUCACGAUGAUACUCAUCACGACGACGACGAUACUAUGAGAUCCAAGCUGGACUCAACUAAAGUCGAAAUGGAGGAGGCAAAAGAAGAAAAUCGAAGGCUAAAGACAUCAUUGAGUAGGAUAAAGAAAGAGUUUGAGAUCCUUCAAACACAAUACAACCAAUUAAUGGUACAACAUGAAGACCCGAAUAAGUUAUCACCAGAAGGCCAUCAUCAAGACAAAGAAAGAAUUAGCGAGGGCGAAGAACUUGUCUUGUUGAGCCUAGGUAGACGGUCGAAAUCACCGGUUCCAAGUGGCCCAGUGAGGAAUAAAGAAGAGGAAAAGAAAAACUCUAUGGAUGAAAUCAGUGAUGACAAAGAGAUUGAUGAACACGACAAACGUAGUGAUCAGGAGUUGUUGAGUAUGGGAUUUGAAUACAAGGAUUUGAGUAAUCCUAACGAGAAGUUAGAGAUUGACCAUAAUAAAGGAACGACGUCCUUGGAGGCUAGUAACCGUAAUAAGAUCCCAUCAGAGAAUAGUUUUGGGUUUAAGAAUGAUGGAGAUGAUCAUGAAGAUGAAGAAGAGUUGUUGCCUCAAAACCUUGUUAAGAAAACUAGGGUUUCUGUGAGAUCAAGAUGUGAGACUCCGACGAUGAACGAUGGAUGUCAAUGGAGGAAAUAUGGUCAGAAAAUAGCGAAAGGGAAUCCAUGUCCUCGAGCUUACUAUCGUUGUACCAUUGCACCUUCCUGUCCUGUAAGGAAACAGGUGCAAAGAUGUUCAGAAGAUAUGUCUAUACUUAUCUCAACAUACGAAGGAACGCACAACCAUCCACUUCCCAUGUCCGCAACCGCCAUGGCCUCCGCCACAUCGGCUGCAGCCUCCAUGCUCCUCUCCGGAGCCUCCUCCUCCUCAUCCUCCUCCGCUGCAGCCGAUCUUCAUGGCCUUAACUUCUCUCUCUCCGGCAAUAACAUCACUCCGAAACAUAGAUCACCUUUCCUCCAAACCUCUUCUUCUCCUUCUUCUUCAGGCCAUCCCACCGUCACUCUCGACCUCACAACCUCCUCCUCGUCGCAGCAACCGUUCUUAACAAUGCUCAACAGAUUAAAUGCUCCUCCUAGUAAUGCCUCAAAACCUAAUAGUUAUCCUUCAACCAAUCUCAACUUCUCAAACAACACCAACACAUUGAUGAAUUGGGGUGGUGGUGGUGGUAAUCGCAGUGACCAGUACCGUGCAGCUUACGGCUACGUUAGCACCCAUCAGCAAUCACCUUACCACCAUAUGUUUCAAACCCGAACCGCCGGGUCAUCUUUUGACCCAUUUGGAGGAUCAUCUUCAUCUUCUUCACAUCCUACACAAACCAAUCUUGAUCAUGUUGGAAUCAAGAAUAUUACUCAUCAAGUGCAAUCUUUACCGGCGGAAACAAUCAAGGCGAUCACGACAGAUCCAAGUUUCCAAUCGGCUUUGGCGACUGUUCUAUCUUCCAUCAUAGGCGGCGAUUUAAAGAUGGAUAAUGUGACUAGAAAUGAAGCCGAUAAUAAGAGCCCUUAAAGACAGCGUGCUCUAUAUAUACCCAAUACGGUGAUAUAUGUGUUUAGUUUUACUAGUUUCCUAGUUCAUCAUACUUUUGGUUGUUUAAUCAGAAUUUUAAUUUGUGUUGGAGUUUAUGGAAGUAAUCUGUACAUGUGAAACAUUUUGUUGUUUAAUGUGUACAUGUCAAACUUAG